GUGGCUGUGAAUCAUUUCACCGCUUGAGACUCUGUUUUAGACCAAAGUCGAGUACUUUCAUCCUUUUUUUUGUUCAAAAAUGGCCACGUCUUUGGCCUCCCUUCCGACAAGUUUUUGUCUGAACCAUGUUGAUGAGUGUUGCAAGCGUUCACCCACCAAACCAUCAUUGUCAAGCUAUCAUCCAGCCGCGAAGAGGAGCCUGAUGGGCCACUCGCUGCGCUGCCACGAAUUUAGUAGUACAGCGAGGAGAUUCGUAGUGAUGGCUGCGACUGAAGGAUCUAGAAAAUCUAAAGAAAGUCAACCGUCUUGGGCGAAUCCUGACUCGGACGAGCCACCUCCUUGGGCCAGAGACGAAGGAGGCUCUUCUUCUUCUACAUCUCAAGAGAGCUUUGAGGUUCCCUUCUUCGUUUAUCUGCUUGCCUCAGCGAUCACUGCCAUUGCUGCUAUUGGUUCUGUUUUUGAGUACUCGAGUAGGAAUCCAGUGUUCGGUGUCUUGGAAUCCGACAGCAUCUUUUAUACUCCUGUUCUUGGUUUCUUUGCUUUCACUGGAAUCCCCACUUCUGUGUUCCUAUGGUUCAAAUCCGUUGAAGCUGCUAACAAGGAAGCUGCGGAACAAGAUAAAAGAGAUGGAUAUCGUUAACCUCUCUUUCGCAACUUUUACAGUGGUUGGUGUUGUCCUCCACAUACUUAUGAAGAUAUUAUGCAUUAUUAAUUAAAGGAGCUUGACUAAAAUUCACACUUCACUUCACUAUAUAUUAAUACCUGCUUUAUUUUUUUGUUAGUUCUAUCAAUAUCACCACUUGUUCAA